ACUUUCCGAUCAGAUGCGAAGGACGGCUGGCCGAUCAGUGCUUUCCGGUUUCACGCAGAUGAAGGCGUUGUGACUGGUGGAGACUACAACACAAAGGUGAGGACACAACGAGCUCCUUCUCGUGAUCCACGUAGGGGUAGCUGCCGUCCUUACGAGAUUCAUCCAUGUGGACAUCAUGGAAAUGAGACAUAUUAUGGAGAAUGCGUUGGCAUGGCGGAUACCCCAAGGUGCAAAAGGAGAUGCCUGCUCGGCUACCCGAAGUCCUAUCCAUCGGAUAGGUAUUACGGCAAAAAAGCCUACCAAUUGAAGAAUUCGGUGAAAGCUAUCCAGAAAGAUAUAAUGAAAAACGGACCGGUUGUCGCCACCUAUACUGUUUAUGAAGAUUUCGCACACUACAGAUCAGGAAUUUAUAAGCACAAGGCUGGACGCAAAACAGGUCUCCAUGCUGUGAAGGUGAUUGGAUGGGGAGAGGAAAAGGGAACACCCUAUUGGAUCGUUGCCAACUCGUGGCACGACGACUGGGGAGAGAAUGGUUUCUUCCGCAUGCAUCGUGGAAGCAACGACUGCGGAUUUGAAGAGCGUAUGGCCGCCGGAUUAGUCCAG